GGCCUCGCGAUACUUACGCCAGUCGCCGCUGUUGGUGUCAACAUGAGCGGGUACUGGGACAUUCCGGAGGGCACGAACUGUGUCCGUAAGACCUGGCUUGCGGGGCGCUUCGGGGCCAUUACCGGUCUCAUUGGUUCAGUUUACCAUAUAGUGCUGUACACACCCGAAACAACCCUAGAAGGACUUACAAGAGUAGCUUCAUCCACUGUCACUAUGGCCACCUUAGGGGCAGUUUUCGCGGCAACGACUUGCAUCAGUGCUGAGCUACGAGAUGCUCCAGAAGACCCCAUGAACUACUUCAUUGGAGGAUGUGCAUCGGGUGCAAUGUUAGGAGCCAGAAGUAACAGUUUUCUUAUUGGCAGUUCGGCUUGCGUUGGUCUUGGUGCAUUGGGAGCUCUUGUCAAGGUUGGCAGGAAGCAAGGCUGGAAAUUGUUGCAACCUCCUCAACAAUAACUUGGACUUUCUAAUCCUAAAGGCAGACGUCCCUCUCUGUCUUCAUUUAUCAUAUAUAAAAACAUUGCUACAUGUGCAGUCCCUAGUCACUGGUUGAAGCUCGUGGUGCUUCCAAACUGCAUCUGUAUUUAGUAAUAAUUGAAGGAUGUCGACCCAAUAUGUACAAUAUGAUGGAGUGGUGGUUUCACUGAAUUGUCUGUUCUGAGAGGAACUUAUUUGCAAAUAAAGAAUUGAUUGGGUA